AUGAAGGUGUCGCUCCUGUGUCUUUGCGUCCUCGUGCAUGUGUGCCUGGUCCACGCCGGACUGUUCGCCAACGACGAGCUGCAACAAACCGCAUCCAGCACUAAGACCAAGACCUCCCAGAGCACAGAUAAAGACAGAGUCGCCAUAGGUCUGCUGCUGUCCCUCCUGGUUGAUGCCUCAUUGCCAAGGUCUUCGAACCACGUCAGACAGAGGCCGCUGUUCGCGAGGAGGGGGCAGUAUGAACGGCAGAGUGUGCCGAAACGCAAAGCGGGUCACAAUUCUCAACAUGGCCGUCCUCCUCCAUCCAAAGGGGUAUCCAGACCUGUGAAGCCCAUCAUGUGCUCUCAGGUUGGACAAAGCUGCCUACCCCAGUCUGGCUGCUGUAUGAGACACACCAUUUGCCACUGCCGCUUCUUCAACACCAUCUGCUUCUGCCGGAGAAAACAGUCGGUGAAGAAAACCUAA